UUGCAGCUUGGACUAUACCACUGCCCUUAGGGUCUCUCAAGCCUGCUGCUGACUGGAGAUGCCAAAAUGAAGACCAUUUCAUUGGCAUGGAAUGAGCAGACCUAGCCUGCAGAAUGGAAAAUAAGAAGCAAUCGCAACUCUUCCAAAAAUGAAUCCAGCCGGAAAUGUAUAUAACUCAGAGGAGGCCAUCACAUUAAGACAGAAAUCAGAUCAUACUGCAUAGGAUUUUUUAUGUGUACCUUGAUGUAUGGAGCUUCAAGAAAAGCUGGAAAACAUUCCCAGAGCAGCUCAACAAAGGUAUCUUUGUUAGAUAAAGACCACCUUGAAGGGAAUAAUGGAUUUCCUGAACUUUACUGAACAAAAUUAUACAUUGGAACAAAAUGGGACAUCAGAAGAACUACGUAAAAAAGUAACAUCCAAGAUCUUGGUUUCUCUUACACUUUCAGUGCUAGCAGUAAUGACAACUGUCAUCAACUCUCUAGUGAUGACUGCAAUAAUUGUGACACGGAAGCUCCACCACCCUGCCAACUAUUUAAUUUGCUCCUUGGCAGUCACUGAUUUCCUGGUUGCCAUCCUAGUCAUGCCCUUCAGCAUUGUUUAUAUUGUCAAAGAGACCUGGAUCAUGGGACAAGUGAUGUGUGAUAUUUGGCUUAGUGUUGACAUCACUUGCUGUACCUGCUCCAUCUUGCAUCUCUCAGCCAUCGCUUUGGAUCGCUACCGAGCAAUCACAGAUGCUGUGGAGUACGCCAGGAAGCGAACACCUAAACAUGCAGGCAUCAUGAUUGCUAUUGUGUGGAUCAUUUCCAUCUUCAUCUCAAUGCCACCAUUAUUUUGGCGGCACCAGUCUGCCAGCAGGGAUGACGAAUGCAUCAUUAAGCACGACCACAUUGUUUUUACCAUCUACUCUACAUUUGGAGCCUUUUACAUCCCACUGGCAUUAAUUCUGAUUCUUUAUUACAAAAUAUACAAGGCAGCUAAGACUUUUCACAGAAGGAGUGUGAGUCGUGUUCUCAAAGAAGAGGUAAAUGGACAGGGCCUCUUGGAAGCAGGUGAGAAAAGUUGCCGGCUAGCUUCAUCAGCAUCAUGCACAAAAGAUAAAACAACUAACCCUUCAGGAGAUUUGGACAGUAUCCAUAUCUCUUUGAGAAGCCCCAACUCUGAGUCCAAGAAUGAGAAAGGAUGGAGGAGACAACGGAUUUCUACCACAAGAGAGAGAAAGGCAGCAACUACCCUUGGCUUAAUUUUGGGUGCCUUUGUGAUCUGCUGGCUCCCCUUCUUUGUGAAGGAGGUGGUUGUUAAUACCUGUGAACGAUGUCAGAUUUCAGAAGAAAUGAAUAAUUUUCUGACAUGGUUGGGAUAUAUUAAUUCUCUUGUUAACCCCCUGAUUUACACAAUCUUUAAUGAAGAUUUCAAAAAAGCAUUCCAGAAACUUAUCCAAUGCAAGAGUUAUCUGUAA